GUUGAUUUCUCUUUUUUCGCUCUCUUUCUCUUUCUCUCAUCAUUGUCAAUUUUUUUUUGAGAGAACGUUGAUACUGAUAAGCACAGCGAUACAACUAUGUUUAAGUUACAAAGCAGAUUGGUUAGCAAGGCAUUGAAGCCUCUGACACAGCAGACGCGUAUGUACCACCCAAAGGUUAUUGACCACUAUCAAAACCCUCGUAACGUUGGUUCUCUUGAUAAGAGCCUUCCGAACGUUGGUACCGGGUUGGUUGGUGCGCCAGCAUGUGGUGAUGUUAUGCGUCUCCAGAUACAGGUUGAUGAUAAGACUGGGGUGAUUCAAGAUGUCAAGUUCAAGACGUUUGGGUGUGGAUCUGCGAUUGCGUCCAGUUCUUAUGUCACCGAGCUCGUCAGAGGUAAGACCAUCGAGGAGGCUGCAAGAAUCAAGAACAAAGAGAUUGCGCAGGAGUUGAGUUUGCCACCUGUGAAGCUCCACUGCUCUAUGCUCGCAGAGGAUGCGGUGAAGGCGGCCAUCAAGGAUUACAAGGCUAAGAAGUUUAGAGACACUGAGGCUUGAGGGCCUUGUCCUGGUGUUGUCAUUUCGCUUAAAUGGCUUUACUCCUUUAGCAUUCAUUGAGCUUUUGUUUUUUGUUGUUGUUUUUGUUAGUGUUGUUCCUGGAU